GUGCCUUUUCAUGAAACCAGUCCACUCUGACUCGGGGGAUAAAAUCAUGGGAAAACAGUAGCCACAGCCAGAAGUACAAAUUUGGGGUGGAGGAAGGAGCGGUUCUCGUAAUCUUCUCAUGAUAUAAAGGGAUGUCUAUUCCGAGCAUCCUAAAUUUAAGCUACAAAAAUAUUUUUUUACGAACUGUCCCAUUCAGCCUUGGAAAUGAAAUAUUUGCAGAACUCCAUCACAACACUUUGCUGUGUUUAAAGGACUCAGCCAAUGCCACAGGGAAGGAGCAGAACUCCAUGCAGGAGAAGCUAAGGAGUCUGCGUUACCUUCAGCCAGUCCAGGAAGUGAAGGAGGAACUGGCCCAGCGCAGUGAGAACAAUCUCGUGAAGGAUGGAGAGACGGUGACUAUGAGGAAGACUGAGCAUACAGCAUGACAGUCAUCAAGUGAUAUCGAUUUUUGGGCAUGGCUGUAGUCAUCUUGAGGAAGAUAGGAGGCAGAAAGCAGAAACUCCUGGAGCUAGAAAGAUUAAUAUUAAAAUUGGAAGUUUGUAUCUCUCGCUCGAUUCUGGAAAUUGAAUGUAAUGGCAACAGAAUUUAUAAAGAGUUGCUGUCAAGGAUGUUUUUAUGGUGAAACAGAAAAGCACGACUUGUCCAUGGAAAGAGACUUCCAAACAGCCGCCUCCGAUAGCUACAGUACCCCUGUCUGUGUACCUCCCAUGACCGCUGUUUCCGUAAGGCCUCAGGUUGGCUGUUCUGAGGAUUAUUUACUUUCCAGAUUACCAUCUGAUGGCAAGCAAGUACCGUUUGUGGUGCCCAGGUUUAAGUUAUCUUAUAUUCAGCCCAGGAUACAAGGAACUGCUUCGCAUCUAGAAGAACUUGAAGGAUCUGCCAGAGCAUCUUUUGGAGAUCGAAAGGCAGAACUUUCUGGCUCAUUCCAUCCUGGACCCAGUUAUGACGUCUAUAACCCGUUCUAUGUGAAUCAGCGCGUUUCACCAGAUUUGAGCCGGCGCUUUCCUCCUUGUUUAGAAGCGACAAGAUUAUAUGGAUCAGCUUGUGACUUAAGGACCAACAAACUCCCUGGUUCUUCCGGGCUAAGCAAGUCCAUGUUCGAUCUUACAAGCUCAUCGCAGAAGUUCACCCAGAGACAUGAUUCACUGUCCAGUGUGCCCAGUAGCUCUUCGUCGAGGAAGAAUUCUCAGGGGAGUAACAGAAGCUUGGAUACUAUCACUCUAUCAGGAGACGAAGGAGACUGUGGGAGAUUGAACGUGAAGGUGUUUUACAAUUCUUCCGCAGAGCAGAUCUGGAUCACAGUGUUGCAGUGCAAAGAUUUAAGUUGGCCCUCCAGCUGUGGCGAUACUCCUGCCGUUUCUGUAAAAGGAGUACUGACUUUGCCCAAACCAGUGCAUUUCAGAUCUUCAGCCAAGGAAGCCUCCAGCACUAUUGAAUUUAUGGAAACUUUUGUAUUUGCUAUUAAACUCCAAAGUCUGCAAACUGCAAGGCUUGUGUUUAAGAUUCAAACCCAGACCCCCAGGAAAAAAACCAUUGGGGAGUGCUCGCUGUCACUCAGGGCUCUCAGCACACAGGAAGUCGAUUACUCUUUGGAUAUAAUGCCACCUUCAAAGAUGUCUGUUUGCCAUGCAGAACUUGAACUGGGGACUUGUUUCCAAGCGGUAAAUAGCAGGAUUCAGUUGCAGAUUCUCGAGGCACAGUACCUUCCAAGCUCAUCAACACCUCUGACUUUGAGUUUUUUUGUGAAGGUGGCAAUGUUUAGCUCAGGAGAGCUGAUUUACAAGAAGAAGACACGCUUACUGAAGGCUUCCAAUGGAAGAGUCAAGUGGGGGGAGACUAUGAUUUUUCCACUUGUACAGAAUGAAAAAGAAAUUGCUUUUCUCAUUAAGCUUUAUAGUCGAAGCUCUGUAAGAAGAAGACACUUUGUGGGCCAGAUUUGUGUAAGCGAAGACAGUAAUAACACAGAAGCAGCAAACCAGUGGAAAGAGACAGUUACAAAUCCCGAAAAGGUUGUUAUCCAGUGGCACAAAUUAAAUCCAUCUUGAAGACUUCACAUGUUAUUUGGUGAAGAAUUUGACAUUCUUUUAGAAGACUUGUGAUUUCAAUUUGCUACCAAUGAGAAGAGACAAAUCAAUAUAUUUCUCAAGUUAUUUAUGGAGGUCAUAAUUGUAGUAUAUAAUGGACCUGUUAGAAUACUGAACUUGAUAAAAAGUGGUAUGAAUUAGAUCAGAUAUCCAAAGUAAAGGAAAUGUUUAAAAACUAUUCCAAAAUAGACAAUAAAAUAAAAUGGUUGUAUUAUUAGGGCAACUAAAUACAUUUAAAGAAUUAAUGAGAAUGUCAACCAUGGGUAGUUACUGCCAUAUUAUAUUUAUAGGUUAUUUUCAAGCUUUACCUAGAUAUUCUUAAUGUAGUAUAUCAAGUUCUCUGUUGGUACUAUUACACAUUUAGAAGACUUGACCACUAUUUCAGUGCUAAUCAUUACUGAUUAUAUCUUAACUUCACUGUUUACUUCUUGCUACAUAUUUUUCUCUCAGAUAGCAAAAAUUUCUGCUAAUGAGUAGACCAAGUGCUCUGUGUUCGUGGUCUUUCAUUUUCCUCCCUCUCGCCUUGUCUCCCACAUGCCAGGAAAUGGACGGUGACAUUUUAGGCCAGAAGUACCCUUUGGCACAGCUCCAGCAUGCCCUCUUCAUUCUGGUUCCUCUGCUCUGUGUAUCUUACUGAGAUUUUUCCAAAUGAACACUUAAUUCCCCUUAGCCUAGACAUUGCCUCCUCAAGCUAUAACACGUACGUACUUCACAAGCGCUUUGCUCCUAAUGACUAGAGUCUGUGGUGCGCUGGUGGUGUUGACAGGGGCUCUCUGUGCAUUUUGAAAUAUUUUAAAAAUUUUAUGUAUUGAAUUUUAGAGAGUAAGAGGAAGGGGAGAGAGAGGGAAAGAGAAAGGAAGAAAGAGGUAUCAAUUUGUUGUUCUACUUACGUCUUUGUUGAGUCUUGCAUGUGCCCUGACUGGGGAUCGAACCCACAACCUUGACAUAGCAGGGUGACACUCUAACCAACUGAGCUACCCAGCUAGGGCUGAAAUACUUUUUUCGAUUUGUGAAAAAUGGCAUAUUGGUCAGUUCUCAAAUGGACUUUUAAGAUAAAUCACCUUGUGUGGUAGUCUGUUGAAUCUUUGAGACAAAUGGCGACUAUUUCAAAUAAAUUUUUAAAAUAGACUUUGUUUCUGGUUCACAGCAAAGUUGAGAGGAGGGCACAGAGAGUUCCCUCAUGUCCCCUCGCUCCACACAAGCACAGCCUCCCCCACUCUUAGCAGCUGCAC